AUGGCGGGGAAGGCGGCGGCGGCGGCCGAGCCUCUGGGGCGGACGGCGGAGGAGGCGGCCUGGGCGGAGACGCUGCGCGGGGCCUGCGAGCCCGAGCACCACUGGCGGUACCGCCGGGAGUUCCUGCUGCGCAACGUGGGGGAGCCGCCGGCGGCGGGCAGCGCUCAGCUGCAGCGCCUGGUGUCCCUCUCCAUGGUGUGGGCCAACCACGUCUUCCUGGGAUGCCGGUACCCGCCGCAGGUCAUGGAGAAGGCGCUGGAAAUGGCCGAAGGCAUCCAAGUGACCGGCGCGCCUGUCCGCACCACGAGAGACGAACUGGUUGCCAAGGUGAAGAAAAGAGGCAUAUCAAGUAGCAAUGAAGGGCUAGAGCAUCCCUCGAAGAGGCAAGCUGUUGAGAAAAGCAAAGACUCUAAGGAUGCUGGAAAGGAUGUGAAAAUAAUCAAGGCAGAAGCCCUGAAGGAAACAGAGAGCACAUUGCCAAAAAAGCAGGAAAAAGGUACUAGCAAAGGUCCAGAAAGUUCCCAGUCAACUUGCAGCUCAGAUCAAGAAAUGGUCGUAGCAUCAGACAUAGAAACAGAAGGGAAACCUGCUAGUGCUGAAAAUACUGCUGAGCAAAAGCCAUCUUCAUCUGAAAAAGAGCCAGGAAAGAAGCCUUGCUCAAGCCCGUCUGAAGAAAGCAAGUGUGAAAAUGUGCCAUCGCCUGAAAAGAAAACUACAGUAAGUGUAGCGCCAUUGGCUGCCCAAAGCACCCUGCAGCCAGAGGCGGUGGUGGCAGCAGUGCCACCGGCUGCCAGGAGCACCGCACAGGCAGCAGUGGUGGCAGUGGCAGUGCCAUCAACCUCCAAGAGCACCCCACAGGCAGCAGCAGUACCACUGACUGCCAAGGGCACCCCACAGGCUGCAGCGGUGGCAGCAGCAGUGCCACCAACCACCAAGAGCACCCCACAGGUAGCAGUGGUGGCAGCAGCAGUGCCACCAACUUCUAAGAGUACCCCACAGGCAGCAGUGGUGGCAGCAACAGUGCCACCAGCUUCCAAGAGCACCCCACAGGCAGCGGCGGUGGCAGCGGCCAUGCCACUGACCACCAAGAGCACCCCACAGGUGGCAGCAGUGCCACCAACCACCAAGAGCACCCCCCAGACAAAUACUGCCCUGCUGUCUUCCAAAAACCAAGCGAGUACCCCAGCACCAGUGUCCAAGAGUGCUGGUCAGGUGGGCAGCUCGCUGCUUCUGGCCCCCAAGAGCAGCACUCAGGUGGGCACCUCGCUGCUGCUGGCCCCCAAGGGCCCUGCUAAGGUGGGCUCCUCGCUUCUGGCCUCCAAGAGCAGUGCCGAGGUGGCUGCCUCGUUGCUGGCCGCUCGGAGCGGCGCGCAGCCGGGAUCCUCACUGCUCGCUUCCAAGAGCAGCGCUCAGGUGGCUGCCUCGCUGCUGGCUGCCCGGAGCGGAGCUCAGCAAGGUCCCUCCUCCCGGGGUGGAGCUCAGGCAGGUGCUUCCCUGCUGGCUUCCAAGAGUGGCUCACAGGCAGGUGAAAGCCCUGCUAAGGCUUUGUGCAAACCCUUAACCAGUGAAGAUGCAAAGGAAAGACAGCCUUUUUUUAACAGACUCUACAAAGCUGUAGCCUGGAAACUGGUUGCUGUUGGAGGCUUCAGUCCCAAUGUAAAUCAUGCAGAACUUCUAAACUCAUCUAUUCAGUCCGUAAAAGCUACAUUAGAUGUUGCUUUUGUUCCCCUGAAGGAACUUGCAGACCUGCCUCAAAAUAAAAGCUCUCUAGAAAAUAUAGUUUGUGAACUGAGGUGCAAGUCUGUCUACUUGGGUACUGGCUGUGGUAAAAGUAUGGAAAAUGCCAAAGCAGUGGCUUCAAGAGAAGCUUUGAAAUUAUUCCUCAAGAAGAAAGUUAUUGUGAAGAUAUGUAAAAGAAAAUACAAAGGUAGUGAAAUUGAAGAUUUGGUGCUUCUGGAUGAGGAGUCAAAGCCUUCAAAUUUGCCUCCAGCUUUAAGAAAUCCUCGUGAGAUCUUGUAGGGGAGAAUCACUGUUUCUACUGUGUAUAGUAUUUCAACACAAGGACUGAAGGUUAAUUUUGUACUUUGAAAAUGUAGGCUUCCAGAUAUUUUGUAUUUCUUUCUCAGUUUUGCAAGACAAUGAUAGUUCUUUCACUCAGUAGCAAUUGUAUAAAACUUGUUAGAGAUGACAAGUGUGCAUUUAAAGGUAUUGCCUUAAUAUACAGCACACUAGUGUGCUGUUGUAUUUGCAAAAUAGUCUACCUAACUCUUCUAUUUUUAAUUAAACUAUUAAGGUACAAUUUGCUGUUUAAAACCUGAUGUUUUUGUAAUUCUUACAAUUUGAUGGCAGUGUGCUCAAUUGUCUACCAUGUCUUUUCUAGCCACGUAGAAGUGUGUACAUAGGGACCAUAAUACUUGAAUGAUUGAAGGUUGUUUAAAAGUUUCAAUCAAAAAGUUGAAUCGUCUGUUUCAGGCUUGUUGCUCAUAAUGUUCACUGUUGAUCAUACUAGGAGAGAAAGUAGUUGGUUGACUAUUUUUAUGGGAUGUUUUCAUAACACUUGCAAUAUAAGUGACACCCUGAUCCCAUUUAACAUUAUACUAGCAGGUUAGAGCCACAGUGUCCCACUGAUGACUUAGCAAUUAGUCAAGUCACAGCUAUUUCAGCCACCAAAACUAAGCAGAUUUAAUUUAUAAUGUGAAGUAUCGAUCACAGUUCUGUGUUUUUUUUUUUUUUUCAAAUAAACAUGGAUUUCUAUACUAAGUAUAUUUUGACUGCUACUCAAACAAUAAAACCUCUGGGAUGAGCUUUUAUAGUACUUUGGGUUUGACUGCUAAAUAUUCCAGCCGUUUCAAUAACUUUGCAACACCUUCAGAAAAGCUUUACUUCAGCUUCAGGGUGUAACCCCACAAGGAUGAGUUGGUUUCUUUAGACAUGUAGCUGAAAUACUGUAAAACUGAUAGAGUGGACCUAUAGAAUAUCAAUUUCUACUUUUGUAACGCCAAGAUAAGCAAAAUGAAGAUGCUGCUGUCUGCUGGAGACAGUGAGCGUAUUGUAAAGCAUUCGUGCUAAUUGAGCCCUUCCUUUGCUACAUUUUUACACCCUGUACAGAAUGAUUUGAAGCAAAGAAAGUAGAUUACCUUUUAUUUUCAAUGUUACUGAAAUACCUACACAAACUGCAUGUUUUGGUAUAUUGGAUAAUGAAAUGUAAUUGUAAAAACAUAA